AUGAUUUUUAUAGUUCUUGGAAUCAUGAAUACAAAAAUUCUCAAAAUUUCACGUGAACUUAACCAAGCUUAUACUUGUCAAAUUUUAUUAAAUUUAGCGAUGAAUUUUAUAUUAAUAACAUAUGCACUUUAUAAUAUAUAUUUCUCUCUUAUAAAAUUAAAAUUGACAGAUUCGUUGACAAAUAAAAGUAAUUUAUUACCUUUAUUGUGGAUUUUUGUAUGUUCUUCGAAAAUUAUUUUCUUAAAUAAUCAUUGUAAUAAUUUCUAUCAUGAGGUAAAAAUAACAGCACAUUUGCUUCGAGAAUUAGAAAUUUGCUAUUUGGAUAAUUCCAUUAAAGAAAAGUAUUGUUCUAAAAUGAGUAACAGCUAA